AUGGCCGAUAAGAGUCCUCCUGCGAAGCGUGUCUCCAGGGUUUCUCGGGCCUGCUUUGCCUGCCGCGGGCGAAAGAGCCGAUGUGACCUUGAGGCCUCAGGCGGCGCGCCGCCUUGUGGGAGAUGCAAGAAAGAGGGCAAGGAAUGCGUCCUAGGUACCUCCAACCGUGGUGGGAGUCGCAUCAGGAAGAAGAACCUCUCCACCACCACGCUAUCGACUCAAUCACAUCCGCCGCCCCUGACCACUGUUCACGAGCCCAGCUCUCGCACGCAGCCACCUCCACCACCUUUCCUGCAACCUUCGCCUUCGCACGAAUCCCUCCGCACCCCAAACGGCACCAGCACCAGCACCCACACCCACGCCGCACCCACCAAUGGAGGAGGGACACAAGGGAAUGUGGUUGAAGACGACGACUCAGCAUCGACCGCUGAUAGCACCAUUGGCAACACCAUCCCCAGAAACCCAUCCGAUGCGUGGCAGUUGCUGAAAGAUGUUGCCACCAGAGAGGCCAGCCACCGCAACGCAGUCAUCGGCAUCCACAGUCAGACCGACUUGUCAGAUCACAACAUGCACAAUGGCUCGAGCUCAGAACCAAGGGGAUCCAUCAAUGGCAUCCAUGCUGGUGUUUUGACAUACCGCCUGGUACGCGAGGGCUAUCUUAACUCAGACAUCAUCCACGAACUGGUCAGACGAUAUGCCGAGCACUAUCAUCCAUACCUUCCCCUGGUUCCCCGCAAGUACUUCGAUCCAGCCCAGCUCGACCAGUUUGCGGUCAAUAACAAACACCUCCUGACCGCCGUCCUUACCAUCGCAUCCAAAGAUCUGGUUGACCAACCCAAUAUCCACAUCUGCUGUUCACGCUACAUGCACGAUCUCAUAUCAGGCAUUGCCGCUGGGCAUGACUGUGAGGUGGAAGCGGUCGAGGCUCUCCUACUACUGGCUGAAUGGGAACCCCAAGGCUUGCGAAAUCGAAUUGAAGCCGUGGGCCGGGGUGAAGAAGAUCGAUCGGCCUGGAUGCACGUCGGCAUGGCCCUGCGUACUGGGUAUUUCCUGGCCCUCGAUCGGACUGCCUUUCGUCAAGAAAGUGCAGAAGAAGCGCGAAUCGACGGUCGCAAACGGUUGGCGUGGGCCCACUGCUACGUAUCCGAUCGACUCAUAUCAGUCCGAAUUGGAAGAGCAUUCUGGUCUAGAGGGCCCGGUCCGAUGACAGGUCUAUCAUCGCAAGAUUUCCCAUCUCUGCAACCGUUAAGCCCUGGGGAUGAAGACUAUGCCAAGAUCAUGCAAGCCACCCUGGAUUUGACCCAGCUCUAUUCCAAUGUCCACGACAUUCUCUAUUCUGGGAUGCGGACUAGUGGACAAAUGAUGCUCAUGGGGGAUUAUGUCAAGUAUGUGGAUGAUUUCCGGAACGCCAUUGCACGGUGGAACACCAGUUGGGGCAAACUGGAAUGCUCGCCUCAUAUCAAGGUGACUCUCCAGAUGUCGUACGAGUACCUGUGUCUCUAUACCAAUGCAUUUGUCUUCCAAGCCGCCAUCUCUCAAGCAAUUGCGAACAAACCAAAGACCGAUGCACAUUCUCUGAGGGACCAUCUCCGCAAUGUUUUCAGCAAUAUCGGUGCGAUGCCAGAUGCCCGGUUUAUUUGGGCCAGUGUGGCAGCAGCCAAGGCAUAUUUAACGUUGCUCAGUACCCAAAUCGAUCCCAGCACAUAUCUACGGUACAUGCCACUCAGAUAUUAUCUCUACAGUAUCUACUCGGCUGUGUUUCUCUACAAAGCUCGAUCCUUCGGGGUCAUGACAGACCAGGAAGAGCGGCAGGUCCGGCAACUGGUGUUUCAGGCCAUGGAGGUGUUGAAAAGAGCUUCGGUGUCAGCCCAAGACCCGGGGUCGCGAUAUGCACGACUCCUCGAGUUGUUGUGGUUGAAGCCAACAAAGCCAUCAACACAAAUAUAUCACCCGGUCCAGUCGCCUGCAGCUUCUGAAACUCAACUGUCGUCUAGUGGGAGUGUGCGAGUAGAUGCUCAAGGAUACAUGCAAUACAGCCCCGCGAACGACUUCUCGUGGCUCGAUCUCGAAGCCGUGGGAGAUUUCGUCUCUGGCGACCAGAUGGCUGGCAAUGGGAUGCAAUCAUUGGCCCCAAUGGCAGGAUUUCCAACGACGGCCGGGUAUAUCCCAGCUGGAGGACAGGGGAUGCAGUGGCAGCAAAACAGUGCCAGCAAUGGGAUGAGCUGGCCAAUGGACUGGAAUGGAAAUUUGUUCUUCUGA